CAGAGUUUCCAUGCAUUCUGCACACCUGUAUUUGACAAGUCAAAGUUCUUCCGGGUAUUUUCUGCUGACAGAUCAAUCUGAGCAUGUCAAUCAUCUCACCUGCAGUUUAGAGGAGCUGCAUCUACAGAUGCUGAUGGAAAACAGGAGCUUGAGGUUUCUUGCUGGUUUUCUGGUUCUCUUCCAAUCCAGAUUGUGUGUCACAAAUGCAGAUCAUGAUUCCAGACCCAACUUCGUCCUGAUGAUGGUAGAUGAUCUGGGCAUUGGAGAUAUCGGCUGCUAUGGAAAUGACACCGUCAACACUCCAAACAUAGAUCGUCUGGCCGUAGACGGAGUGAAACUGACCCAGCACAUCUCCGCCGCUCCUCUCUGCACUCCCAGCAGAACCGCCUUCAUGACGGGCCGCUACGCUCUACGCGCCGGUCUGGGCAGCACCGGCCGAGUGCAGGUGAUUCUUUUCCUCGCUGGAUCGGGAGGACUUCCACCUAAUGAAACCACCUUCGCUAAACUUCUGCAAAAGCAGGGUUACACCACCGGCAUUGUGGGUAAGUGGCAUUUGGGUGUGAACUGUGAGAGCAGAAACGAUCACUGCCACCAUCCCAACAAUCACGGCUUUGAUUUCUUUUAUGGGCUGCCCUUCACCUUCUUCAAUGACUGCAAGCCCGGAGAAGGUAAAGAUGUCCUGGUGGACCUGCAGAUAAUGCUGAGACAGAUUUCUGCGCUGCUGGCGCUCGCGUUUCUCACGCUGCUUGUGGUCCGGGGCGUCGGGCUGCUGCAGGUCCGUCUGGCACUCGUGGUGUUUCUGGCUGUUCUGUCUCUGCUGAGCUUCUCUGUGUGGUUCGUGCCCUUUGAACUCCUGAGGACCUGGAACUGCAUCAUCAUGAGGAACGGUGAGGUGGUGGAGCAGCCCAUGAAUCCAGAAACGCUGAAUGCACGGCUCAUGGGUGAAGCGGAGCAGUUCGUGGAGAGACACAGAGACGGGCCCUUCCUGCUCUUCCUGUCACUGGCACACGUGCACACGCCCCUCUUCGUGUCCGAGGGCUUCGCAGGAAAGAGCAAACAUGGGCUGUAUGGGGACAACGUUGAAGAAGUGGACUCUAUGGUCGGUAGAAUGAGGAAGACCAUCGAAAGGUUCGGCCUGUCUGAGAAAACCUUGAUGUACUUCACAUCUGAUCAUGGCGGCCACAUCGAAGACGCUCAGAGAGGAGGCUGGAACGGGAUAUAUCGAGGUGGUAAAGCCAUGGGCGGCUGGGAGGGAGGAAUCCGAGUGCCGGGAAUAUUCCACUGGCCCGGGCGUCUCACUGCAGGUCGACAGGUGUCAGAACCAACAAGUCUGAUGGAUGUUUUCCCCACAGUGGUGAAGCUCGCUGGGGGAGCGCUGCCGGAGGACAGGAUCCUGGACGGCCGUGACCUGAUGCCGCUGUUAGAGGGCAAAACCAACCGCUCGGAGCACGAGUUCAUGUUCCAUUACUGCGGCAUGUAUCUGAACGCUGUGCGCUGGCAUCCACGCGACAGUGACUCCAUCUUCAAGGUCCAUUUCUUCACACCGAACUUUUCUCCCGCGGGAGCCAUCGGCUGUUACGACACCAAGGUGUGCAUGUGUCACGGGGACUUCGUGACGUACCACGACCCUCCGCUGGUGUUCGAUCUCAGCAGGGACCCGUCAGAGAGCCGUCCGCUCUCACCGGAGACGGAGCCGCGGUUCGCAGAGGUGCUGGAGCGCGUGGGACGGGCCGUGAAAGACCACCGCAAAACUCUGACGCGGGUGGAGAAACAGCUGACGUGGAGAAACGUCCUGUGGAAGCCGUGGCUGCAGCCCUGCUGCGGGACCUUCCCCUUCUGCUCCUGCUCCGAAACAAACACUUCAGACUCCAGACAGUGAAGGAUGAACGAGUGUGAUGAUAGUAGCGCUUCAGAAGAAGGGAAGCUCCUGUGGUGAUUUAACAUAAAGAGAAUCAAUCCUGCUGUGCAGAACAUUGACAUGUCUUCAUCAUGUUUGUCUGAAAGUAAAUAAAUACUUGUCCUGACAUUUUUUACAUUAAAUAUUAAACAUUUUGGUGACACUUUACAUUAUGGUUUCUUUUAGUUAACUAAAUGAGCUAACGAUGAAUUGAACUUAAUGUUAUUUUCAACAUUUACUCAUGUUUUUAAAUCAAAAGGUAACACAUUUCUAUUAACUAGCAUUAACCAAUAUUAAUAGAUUUCUCAUUGUUAGUUCACGUUAACUGAUGUUAACAAAUAGAACCUUAUUGUAAAGCGUCACUCAUAUUAGUUAAUUUUCAUCAUCACAAUGGAGUACAUUUGAAAUCAAUGGAAGAAUUCUGUGAAGUUUUAUGGUUUUAGUUUGUUUCUUUAAAACGUUCCAUCCUGUUUGAUCAAAAUCACACUGAUACAUUUGAAUCUAGUGAUUUUCAUGAAUGCGUCCAGCAGGGGGAGACAUUUGUGUAAAAGUGUUUAGAGAAAUUAAAUGGACAAAUAUGAGCUAACUUUUUAAUAUUAUGGUAAUAAUCUGGGACAUGAUUAUUGCAGUUUACUGUAAUAGUAUUUUUAAUAUAAAAAUAAAUUGUGUAUUAUAAAUAUUAUAUAAUUUUAUAUAAUAAAAAGAAAUUAAUAUAUAUUAAACUAUUUCAAAAUAAUCACCCUGUUGAUGUUUAUUUAUUUUGAUGAUGUUUCUCCUGAAGCAUGUCCUAGAAAAAGAUAAAUAUCAAAAUCAUCAGAUAAACAUUUGGAACAUUGUUUUCUUUGUGACAGAGAUACAGUAAAAGUGAUUUGUAAAUAUGAGGGAAGAACAUAUUUUAUCACAAAUAAAACAAUCGACUCCAAG